UUAAAGACUCAACUUUUCUUUGGGGGCAUAGUGAAGUUUGAGUAUUUGCUAUAAAAGAGUUGUGGCAUUUUUAUUAAAUUGAAAGGAGCAAAUAAAGAGAAGCAAAAACCCACCAAAGAAAAUUCACUGCCAAUUUCAAAUCACUGGAAGAAAACAGUAGUGAAUACUCUAAUGGCGAUGAGUGGCGGCAAGCAAUCUCCGGCGCCGCCAUCUUCCUCUUUCAUCUCCUUACGAGGAUCUCUUCUCACUCUCGCCAUAUUCAGCUUAAUCUCCUUCACUUGUUUCUCCUUCAAAUCCAUCCACUUCCAGAACCCUACCCCAACUCCUCAGGUUUCUGCUAAAAUAGUAGAAGAGAGAGUGGUGGAAGAAGAACAUAAGGAUGUGCUUUCGGAUGUAUAUCACUCUCCGGAGGUUUUCAGAUUGAACUACGCCGCGAUGGAGAAGAAUUUUAAAGUUUAUAUAUAUCCCGAUGGAGAUCCCAAAACCUUUUACCAGACGCCGAGAAAGCUCACCGGAAAGUAUGCAAGUGAGGGUUAUUUCUUCCAGAAUAUUCGAGAGAGUCAAUUCCGUACUGAAGAUCCGGAUCAAGCUGAUCUCUUUUUCAUUCCUAUCUCAUGUCAUAAAAUGAGGGGAAAGGGAACAACUUAUGAGAAUAUGACCAUAAUUGUCCGGAAUUAUGUGGAGGGCUUAAUUUCCAAAUAUCCUUACUGGAAUAGAACCUUGGGAGCAGAUCACUUUUUUGUCACUUGUCAUGAUGUCGGUGUUAGGGCAACAGAAGGACUUUCACUUCUUGUAAAGAAUUCAAUUCGAGUUGUAUGCUCUCCGAGCUAUGAUGUUGGGUUCAUUCCACACAAAGAUGUUGCUCUGCCUCAAAUAUUACAGCCUUUUGCUCUGCCCGCUGGAGGAAAUGAUGUGGAGAACAGGACUGUCCUUGGUUUUUGGGCUGGUCAUCGGAACUCCAAAAUUCGAGUUAUAUUGGCACAAGUUUGGGAAAAUGACACAGAGCUUUAUGUAUUAAAUAACCGAAUUAACAGAGCUACUGGGAAUCUGGUGUACCAAAAGAGAUUUUACAUCACUAAGUACUGCAUAUGCCCUGGAGGUUCCCAGGUGAACAGUGCUCGAAUUACCGAUUCCAUCCAUUAUGGAUGCAUUCCUGUGAUAUUAUCAAACUAUUAUGAUCUUCCAUUCAACGAUAUCCUUGAUUGGCGAAAAUUUUCUGUGGUACUUAAGGAGAGUGAUGUCUACCAGCUUAAACAAAUUCUUAAGGACAUACCUGAUGAAGAGUUUCUUGCUCUUCAUAGGAACUUAAUUCAGGUAAGAGAGCCUCUCUCAUCUUCAACUUCAUUACUUAAUUUCGUUUACAAAAUGUUUAUAUGUUCAAAGAGCAUAUUUUUACAUGGCAUGUUUAAAUCAGAUUCAAAAGCACUUCCAAUGGAACUCACCUCCAAUCAAAUACGAUGCAUUUCAUAUGGUGAUGUACGAUCUUUGGUUACGCCAUCAUGUAAUCAAAUACUAGUUAGUUUUCCAAUGAUGUGCUCACAUUUUGUUUAUAAACUGUAGCAUAGCACAACCCAAAGUCUUGUAACAUAAGGUAACUCUAUUUUUUUGCCCUACAUGUCCCAUUUUGACAAACGAAAAUUGAAGCUACGGUAACUAAACA